GCUUUUGACAUCAUAUUAUUAUUUUUUUACAAUUCUCGUGACACUUAACAAUAUUUUUAGUUGUUUCUGCCGUCUAAUUACAUUUAUUGUUUCCCGGUGUUUUUGACUUGUACGUAAAUUGUGCGUUAACUAAUUGGUAUAGCAAUCAUGAGCUAUUCACCAUCAACACAGCCCAAUGUUACCAAGCCAGAUUGGCUGAGUCGAAUCGAAAAUAUGAAAGUCAACCGUAAAGACAUGAACAAACUUAUUAUGAACUACUUGGUGUCUGAAGGAUUCAAAGAAGCGGCCGAAAAAUUUGAACAAGAAGCUGGUAUUAGUUCUCCCCUCAAGUUAAAUACCUUGGGAAACCGUAUUAAAGUGAUAGAGUCUGUACAAUCAGGAAAAAUGCAAGAAGCCAUUACACUUAUCAAUCAAUUGUACCCUGGUCUUUUAGAUGAUGAUCGUGAUUUAUACUUUCAUUUACAGCAACUGCAUCUAAUUGAACUUAUCAAAGAAGGUAAUAUUGAAGAAGCUCUUGUAUUCGCCCAAGCUAAACUAUCAGAAGUAGGAGAAGGAAAUCCUACUAUACUUACAGAACUAGAAAGAACACUUGCAUUAUUAGCAUUUGAGGAACCUCAAAAGAGUCCUUUUGCUGACCUUCUUCAAACUACACAUAGACAAAAAGUUUCUAGUGAGCUGAAUGCAGCUAUUUUGAGAUUUCACAAUCAACCAACAAUUACUCCAAAACUUUACAAUCUCAUGAAGCUAAUAAUGUGGGCACAAGAUGAGUUGGAUAGGAAAAAAGUAAAAUUCCCUCAUAUGACCGAUUUUGGUUCAGCUACAUUGGAACCUCCUAAAUGACGCACAGUUAAUGAGUACGACGACGUGUGUUGUGACUCUUUUUGGCUGUUUGAACAUAAGGAUUAAAUUUUGAAUAUUGUUUUUU